GCGGUACCCACGAAAUAUGUGCGUUCUAAAUAAGGUGUCCUCUGUUCGAUGUUCCGCCAUUAACUAAUUAGCUCGAAGUUCCGGUCUCGGGGCAAGUUGUUUGCCUCUUUCCAUUUUCGCUAAAUUUGAAAUUGGGUCAGCGUGUGUGAUGCCACACAUUCGCUGUUCGUGCUCAUAUGGCCUGUAUAUGUUUGAUUGCUGCUGCUAACCAGUUUAUUGACCUUGUUUUUGGCUCUCCAAGUGCAAUUGGGGCCUGACUUUUGACAAUAUGUCCGACUUUUCUCUUUUAUGGGGAUUGGGGAUCGGCAUCUACGGACGGACUGAGAAUUAUGACCGGCUGACAUGCAAUGCAUUUUCCAGCUGUUAUUUGUGUGGACAUAAAUGUUUAUCGCACCCUAGCAAAAAAAAUAUAUAAAAAAAAAUACACGCCCAUACAAAAACACUCCUUUCUUGGGAACAUUUCCGUUUAUCCAGCAACACAGGCUGCGUGUGUGGGUGUGACUGAGUGCGUGAGCUGGGGGUUCCGUUUUCAUAUUGAUUAAAUGAACUGUUAUUUAUUCCAUCGAGCGACACGUUCCAUGUAAAUAAUAAACAGCUGUUUUGGACAUUAGAAUAUUAGUGUUGGUAAACACCUCGCUUUUUAAUCACACAUUUUUACGGCGAUUCACGAAUAACCAAAUGUUGCAAUCAUUUCCUAAUCCAAAAUCAGGCUUUAUUUGUGAAUAGAUUGAUUUUAAACUUACAUUUGAGAAGUAAGCUCAAUGACAAAUGAUCGAGUUUUUAACUAUCAGUUACCUAAUCUAAACAUUCAGAUUAAAUACUGCAUACUAAGUAUAUUUAUUAUCAUUACAGUUUAACAUAAAUCUUUUAUGUAUUAGUACAUAAAAUUAUAAACUUGUUAAAUGAUGUUGAUAAUGUUCUUGGUUUUUGAAAAUUGAUUGCAAAUAAAGUGUUUAAGUGGCUUAAAUUCUUAUAAAUCAUAUAAGGGUAUCCUACCCUUAGACUAAAAAUGCCCGACUUCUAUGAGCUCUUGAAUGUGUCAUCCACGGCCAGUUUCGAGGAGAUCAAAGGCAGCUACAAACAAUUGAUACUAAAAUGUCAUCCCGACAAAUUGCGACAACUCAAUGACCCAAAUCCGGGAUCGGAGGUUCAGAACAGCGACUUCAAUGCAAUAAACGCGGCGUGGAACACGCUCAAAGAUCCCAUUAGGCGCAAGUACUACGACGCCGAACUGUUGCAGUCGAAAUUCCGAGCCCAUAGCAACAUAUACGCCACCGUCGUGCUGGAUGAAAUGCAGCGGAUCCAAGUGGAAAUCGAAGAAGACGACCAGGCACCGGCACCUCCACCUCCCUCCCAAACAUCAGAAUCGGAAUCCGAUACGAACAAAAGGAAGGCGACAAUAUGGAGCUACGCGUACGACUGCCGAUGCGGCGGACAGUAUCUGUUCGAUGGACCCGCAGACGGUGAUGAGUCACCCGAAGUGAUUGUGGAGUGCAACGAGUGCUCUUUAGUGAUUAUUGUGAAACAAGCCGCAAGUUGUAAAUAAAGAAAAACGGGAGGAAAUAAUGGAACUGCUACCCAGGACAAUGCCUCUGAUUUAAACUAUUCGAUUAAGAGCUCUUUGGAAAUUAAGUUUAUACUCCGUUUAUUGGGUUCUUGAACCCCGGGCUCCCUUUUCAUAUGCAAAGCAUGUAGUUAUCGACAUCGACGUUGUGUAUUCGACAAUUGUGCAUUUCGACCCUGCCCCUUUCUUUGUCGUCUGUUGUGCUCAAAAGUGAUGUAAUCUAUUUGUGGUACAUUACAUUGAUUUGGGUUUUCACUCCCGGAACUUAUUCACUGUGCAUGCAAUUAAUUUCCGCCGUGCGGCGAGAAAUAGUCGGGGAUUUGGCAAAUUUCAAGCAGCUUGCCGUUUAUUUA